UCAGCCAGCCUGCCCCGACUACGAUCCUGGCUACAACGGUUCCUGACAACAUGGGACUGGCUAUCUUUGCCACAUUCUGCUGCUUCCUACCACUGGGUAUCUUCGCUAUUAUGAAAGCCAGCGAGUCCCGCGCCCAGCUGGAGAGAGGCGAUCUGUCCUCAGCAAUGCUCAGCGCCAACGACUCCCGUCGGUUCUCCCUUAUCUCCAUCGGUGUGGGAAUUCUCCUCAUCAUCGGAAUCAUCAUCGCCGUCGUCGUAGUGGUGGUCAACAACACAGAAUACACCUACUACUACGGUUAG